AUGGACCUCAGCCUGUCCCCCUCCUCCCGCCACACCUCGUCCCUGUCCCCGUCCCCUUCCUCACCCUCCUCGCCAUCCCCUUCCUCACCCCUGGAGUCCCCCCACAGCAGCAGCAGCCCUCAACCACAUCUCUUCUCACGGGAACCAGCUCGUCAUCGAGGGGUAGAAGGCGGAGCUUCACCUCAGGGUUAUCCGUUUUACCUGCCAAUUGCAAGCCCACCUAAGGGGUACAGCUUUCCCUCCUCCAUGUUCAUUGGUCAGAACAGAGAGAAGCAAGUUUCACCAGAGCCCUCAUUGGAUGGCCAGCUGGCCUGCCGUUGGAUGAAGUGCCACCUGCUGUUUGACUCGCUUCAGGACUUGGUGGAUCACAUCAACGACUUCCACGUCAAGCCUGAAAAGGAUUCUGGUUAUUGCUGUCAGUGGGAGGGCUGUGCUCGAAAUGGGAGAGGCUUCAAUGCCAGGUAUAAAAUGUUGAUUCACAUCCGCACGCACACCAACGAGAAGCCGCACCAUUGUCCCACCUGCAACAAGAGUUUCUCACGUCUGGAGAACCUGAAGAUACACACCCGCUCACACACAGGAGAAAAACCCUACAUCUGCCCCUAUGAGGGCUGCAAUAAGCGUUACUCCAACUCUAGUGACCGCUUCAAGCACACUCGCACUCACUAUGUGGACAAGCCAUACUACUGCAAGAUGGCAGGCUGUCUGAAGCGCUACACAGAUCCCAGCUCGCUACGCAAGCACAUCAAGGCCCAUGGGCACUUUGUGGCCCAGGAACAAAGCGCCCCAAGCAGGAUGGGGACUGGUUUGGGUCUCCCCGGCCACCAGAGCGCUACUGAAAUGCCCUCUGUGGGCAGGGCUCACAUCAUCAUCCCUGGGGCUGCUGCAGCUCUGCUUGGGGGUCUGGGGACCACUUAUCCUCUGUCAGCUUUCUGCCAUGCCAGAGCUCUCGGCCACCAUGGGGCACCACUGUUUUCCAUGGGUGGAGCAGGGGGUGGCAUAGGGCCGCUUGGCCUCUCUGACUCACCACUUUUACACUUUGGACUUUCAGCUGCAUCGAUGUUGGGGCUGGGAGCUCUGGGAAGUCUGGGGCGGAUGGCAGGCAAGGAGGUGGAAGGCGAGGAUGAAGAGGAGGAAGGAGAGGGGGAGCUGGAGGGGGAGGUGCUGAAUCUGUCUGCAGGAGUGGGGCCCAGACAAAGUGACCCCUUGUCAUGGGUGGUUGUUCCCCCAAGGGCGCUCCUCCUCAAACCAGCUGUUGUCAGCUAAGAUGUGCACUCAGCGAUGUAUAGAUCCAGGGAGUGUGUGUUUGUGUUUUUCUGUGUCUGUGUGGAGUGUGGAUUGUGUGUGUGUGUGUGUCUGAGAUCAAAGGUCGCUGUCACCUGUAGAGCCAUAAAUGCACUUCAGUCA